UUAAAGACGAGGUCGAAAGAACAAAACAAACGAGGACUAUGGAAGAAGAUAAGGUUGACUUGGCGAAGGCGGUGGAGAAAGAGGAAAGCAGAGCUGACGACGAAGACGAUGACUGCUAUGUGAUCGACCCCGUCGCCGAUUGCUUCGGCAAGCUUACUCUCGGCGAUCCUUCUGACGACGUCAUCCUUGUUGCCGAGAAGGGACCUGUGGCACUCAGGGAUUUCCCGCAUCCCAGGCAUCUCUGUGCAAACUUCCCCUUCAACUGCACCGCUCAUGAGAGCUACUGUAGCAAGUGUUUCUGUUAUGUCUGCGAAGUAGCUGCUCCCUGCUCGCGGUGGAAUGGAGCUAAUGGACACUGCAGUGUCUACACCAAGGAAGGCCCGCGGUCAGAAGCCUCUGCUCAAGAUCCUCGUGCAGGAAUCGAUACGAAAGAAAUGCAACCGCCGAGGUCGGAAUACGUGGGACGGAUGAAGCUUUUAGAAUAAAGGGCGCAGGCGCGACACUGUUCGCCGAGCCGCUGUUGUGCAUCUCAUGCUGCAACAUGGUUGAUAUUUCUGGAUAAUCUUCUUGUGGAUGUGUAGAACGCUUUCCCAUCUCAGACUGCCAUGAAAUAUACGUACAACGUCGUGAGUGGAUUUGGAUCCCAA